UCUCCUCCCCUGGCCCGAGCCUCCCAGCGCCGUGGGAACUACCCCUCGCUCUCCCUUGCUGGUCCGCAUCUUAGGGACGGCCUGUCACCCUCCCUACCUCGGAAUGUCCCCUCGACCACGGGACAGGCGUGCGACUGGGCGAGUCCGGAGCCCCCAUAGGCACCGAGACAGGCGGCUCAGCCCUUAACCUCUAGAUGGAAACCCAGGCGAACCGGGGUCACGGACCUCGGAGCGUCUGCGUGCAGCCACCCGUGAAGAGUCUCCUUGCAUCUGUCAUGGGAGCUGACCCUCUCCACUUCCGCCUGUCAUGCCAGGCCAGGAGGGGAGGGACCCGGGCGGAGCCCCGAGUGAAGACCAGGGGGAGGUGACAUCACCUCGCAGAUGCAGCCCAGCCCUGCCCACUGGUGUCCACUCUAGCACAAGACCAAUGGGGGAGACGGUGCCCAGGUUCUAUGUCUGGAGUGACACCAGGGACAACGAAGGCCUGGGACCUAUAGCCUGAGGGAGCCCGGGGGAGGCACCCUCCCGAGGCGGUACUGCCCAUGCUGACUACAGGGCCCUCCGGCUGCCGAUGUCAUGAGUAACACCACAGUGCCCAAUGCCCCGCAGGCCGACAGCGACUCCAUGGUGGGCUAUGUGUUGGGACCCUUCUUCCUCAUCACCCUGGUCGGGGUGGUGGUGGCUGUGGUGAUGUACAUCCAGAAGAGAAAACGGGUGGACCGGCUUCGCCAUCACCUGCUCCCCAUGUACAGCUACGACCCUGCCGAGGAGCUGCACGAGGCUGAGCAGGAGCUGCUCUCAGAUGUGGGGGACCCCAAGGUGGUCCACGGCUGGCAGAGUGGCUACCAGCACAAGCGGAUGCCCUUGCUGGAUGUCAAGACGUGACCUGAGCCCCUGACCCCGCCCCUCCCCGAACCACGGGGUCGGCCAGGGCCCUGCAGCCUGCUGCUCCCCCAGCAUCCUUCCCCUAAGCCCGGCAGAGCCGCCAGCCUCCACUGGACCCACCUCCUCACUCCCUCCUAGGCUUUCAGUCCUUUGUGGGAUGAACCUACCUACCAGCCACUCCCAGGAACUAAUGAGAAUGUUUCUUCCUGGGGUGAAAGGGUGGCCGGGAUUACCAGGUGGGGCUUUGCCCAUCCAUGGGCACCCUUCUCUAGCCCUCCCAGACUUAGCUUUGGAGCUGUUCCCAUGGUGACAAGGCCUAAUGUAUAUUGAGUAUAUAUAUUUUGUAAAUAAAAUGUUUUGUGGCUA